CUGAGGAUACGCAACAUUCUUUCUUAAUCAGCCUGGGUCCUUCAAAACACAGCACUGGGACAGUGCAUGGAUGCAUUCUGAACUUUAACCAUGAAUAUAAAAAGUAUCACAUUAACAGCGUUUCUUGUUGCUGUUGGCACAAUUGUAGCUUUGGUCGCUUUUUUCUUGGUGGGGCCAAAAUUAAAACGCUGUGUGCUUAAAAAAGAGAUCUCUUCACAACUGAAGCACAAUGAAAAAAGUUUGGUUUUCGCAGAUUUGACACCAGAAGAAAUCAAUGAAGUGAUGGAUUACCUCAAGAAAAAUUUAAAGGUUGACUUAGUGGAUGUCUCCAAAGCUGACCCUGACAACAACUGCAUUUAUUCUGUUGUUCUUCAGCUCCCCAAAAAACAAGAUGUUCUUUUGUAUUUGGACAAGAGUGGAGCAAAGCCUAGAAGAGAAGCAUUGGCUGUGGUAUAUUUGGGAAAGGAAACAAACCCCGAAGUUAAAGAAUUCGUGGUCGGACCUCUUCCAAACCCUACGUACAUCAAAGAUGUUACUAUCGAAAAAUAUCAUAGUCACAUUCCUUAUUACCGCAGACCAGCGCUUGGUAAGGAGUUUGGACAAAUAGAACAUCACAUCACCAAGGUGGAUUUCCCAAAGGCACAGACAUUUCUGAAAGAUGUGUUUGGAUAUAAUGACUUUGAAAGUGGUUUCUUUUCUUUUUUGACCAGUGCCCCACGAGGCUACAAGUCUGGAGACAGAAGUACCUGGUUUGUUGUGUUCUUUAAUAAUCAAGGCAGUGGUUUUUAUUUGCACCCAGUAGGACUGGAAAUCCUGGUGAAUCACAAAAACCUUGAUGUCAAAAAGUGGUCGGUGGAAAAGGUAUUUUAUAAUGGGCGUUUUUUUGAGGGCAUGGAAGAAUUGGAAACACAAUACCUGGCUGGCACUGUGACUGUAGUGAAAAUGAGGAAGCCACUGCUCAAAGAUGACUUCGCGUCUCUGAAACCACCUAAGAGCUCAGUCUCUGACAUCCCCAGGCAGUACGAGCCGCAAGGACCACGUUACAGUGUCAAAAACAACAACAUUUUGUUCCAACAUUGGAGUCUUGCAUUUGGCGCUGAUGCUAACUCAGGACUUAGACUGUAUGAUAUCAGGUUUCAAGACGAGAGAAUAGUCUAUGAACUUAGCGUUCAAGAAGCCAUCUCGGUUUAUGGAUCAAAUGCUCCUGGAGGAAUGUUAACAAGAUACAUGGAUGGAAGUUUUGGGAUUGGACGUUUCAUGUUCCAGCUGGUGCGCGGCAUUGACUGUCCUUAUUCUGCUACUUACGUUGAUACCUUUUAUCUCUUAGAUUCAGACUCCUGGAUCCGCAACAAAGAUUCUAUUUGUAUCUUUGAGUUCAACUCAGGUCUUCCACUGAGGCGGCAUUUCUCAAGCCUGGGUUCCUUUUACUAUGGUGGCUUGGCCAACACAGUUUUGGUGGUAAGAAGCAUUGCGACCCUGGGUAAUUAUGACUAUGUGUUUGAUUUCAUUUUCUAUCAAAACGGGGCUAUUGAAUCAAAGGUCCAUGCUACAGGAUACAUCAGCACUUCAUUCUAUAUGGAAGGAGGGACAAAUUAUGGCAACCGAGUGGGCCCCAACACACUGGGAACGAUCCACACGCACUUCAUCAAUUACAAGGUUGAUCUGGAUGUUGGAGGAACCAACAACUCAAUAGUGGUCCAUGACAUGGAAUUUGAACCUUUAAAUGUUCCAUGGAAUUCAGAAUGGCAAAUACAACGGACAAAACUGACCAGGAACGUUUUGGAAAAUGAGAACCAGACAGCAUUUGAGUUACAUUCCAGUAUGCCAAGAUAUGUCCAAUUUGCCAGCCACAAAAAAAAUAAAUGGGGCCAUGAACGUUCCUAUAGAUUGCAGAUGGUGAGCUUUGCUGGGGACUAUCUACCAGAGAAGAGUUCUUCUCACAAUUCAAUGAACUGGGCAAAGUAUAAAUUGGCUAUUACUAAUCGCAAAGAUGAAGAGCAUCAGAGCAGCAGCAUUUACAAUCAAAAUGAUCCCUGGACUCCCACAGUGAAAUUCUCCAAUUUCAUUGAUGAAGAAACCAUCAAAGAUAAGGAUUUGGUGGCAUGGAUUACAACCGGAUUCUUACAUAUUCCUCAUGCCGAGGACAUACCCAAUACUGUGACAGCAGGCAAUGGAGUGGGCUUCUACCUUCGUCCAUACAACUUCUUCAAUGAGGACCCAUCAGUCCACUCAACAGAUUCUGUCUACUUCCAACCACAUGAUAAAUACAACUCAUGUAGUGUUAAUCCACUAGCCUGUUUAUCUGACAUAGCAUCUUGUUCUCCUGAAUUGUCUUCUUUUUCCUACAGUGGGUUUGAUAACACAUUUGCUGAAAUAUAGUUGGGAUGUUGUUUGUCAAACUAUAAGUCCAUCUGUUCUGACUGUAAUGGGAAAAACAAGCAACAAGCAAAUAAAAAAGUUCCCAUUUAAACAUGCACAUAUGCCAUCUCUGAGUCUUUGGGAUCUGUUUGAUAAAAACAUGAACUAUGAAUUUAGUCUUUUUAAAAUAUGCUCAAUUGAGCUUAGAAAACUAAAUAAGUAUGACAUUUUAUGUUGCAUAAGAUCUUUAUGGACCAGAAUAAGAUGACUUCAAAGCGUAAACAUGUGAUCCUUAAGAAGUUAAAGAAUAAGUGCCCUGGGGCUGUGAUACAAAACAAACUGUUUUAACAUUGGCUUAUGCAAUAAAUAUCAUACUGUGAACUCUAUGAAAACAUUUUUAUACUCUGCAACUAAAUAUUCUGGCAUAAUGCUCCUCCUGUCACACUCAUGUUUUAAAUAAACAUUGCUGUUUUUGUAGCACAGCUGGACCUGGGAAAUUAUAUUAACACAUCAUUUAUUGUUGUAUCAUUAAAACUGUGGAAACAGAAGAAAUACAGA